UCAUCCUUGUGUUCUUGUUUUUCGUGAGCUGUGUGUGUGUUUAGAGUCGUGUGUUAAGUGUCUCGAUCCAAACAUUAUCUUCACUAAUAUCGGAAGGAUCAGCGUAAAGUUUUGUUUUUCUUUUCUCUACUCAAUUUUCAAUUGGGGACCAAUAUUUUGCUGCUUUGGUUCUUAAUUUUAGGGAUGGUAAGUUUUGUUCCCAUGCCUCUUUUACUGGUCAUUCACUUGGAAGAGAUAAGUUGGAGCAGCUUUUGAGACUGGGGAGAUUGACAAAAGAUGAAAUCAAUGCUACUUAUAAGAUCAUGAUAAGAAUUGAAGGUGAAGAGAAUAGUCUUGAUGCCUUAGCACUAGACAAGAAAGAGAUGAACAAUGGAGAUUAUAUGACGGUUUUGACCCUGUGCUUGAAAAGAGACUUAGAGCUAGGAUAAGGCGGAAUGUUAGCUGUUAUGGAAGGUUCAUGCCUCGUAUGGUUGUAAGUUUCCAAAAAUACCCUUUAUCCAUAAUCCAAUAUUAUGUACAUUUUGUGUUAUUUUUGGGAGAAUCACGGAAAAAAGGCAUUUAAAAAUUCUUGUCAAUUUGUGGUUUAAUCUUUUAUCCCCUAUUAUAUACUUAAAUUUUUUUCCAAUAGAAUCAUGGAAUUUUUAGUCGUUUUUCUUGAUUGACCAUUUUGACCGGAUAUAGUAGGCAACCUAUCAGCCGUCUUUUGUCAUUCUAUCUUCACAGAACAAAUUGAUUUCAACGGCUUGCUAUUCAAUCAUGGAUGGAAGGAUAGGUGGUUCGAAUGAUGUAUGAUCUUGACAAGAAGGUAGAAAUGUUCUUGAAGGCAGAGCUUAUCGUCUAAAUCAUCCAUGGGUGGGAACUAUGAACAGAUCAGAAGCUGAUAUUAUAAAAAAUACUGAUAUGAUAUACGCAAGGUGAAUGGAACAGGAGUAUUUUUAUACAUGCAAAUACUGAUUAUGGACACCUGGUGAGUAAAAUGGGUUCAGAAUAUCUACCAAAGCUUCUCUUACAGAGUUCUAACACGCAACAAAGUGAUUUCGAUGGCCAUGGUGGUUCUGAAGCAUCAUCAUAUGUCAAAGACCAAGUCAUGAAACUAUUCUUUCAUCACAACAGUUUGGCAUGCAACUUCCUGUCUAAUUACCAACUCAUCCUCCUUCAUGGAUUUACAAAUGUUGUCCCAAGCAAUCCAGUGCUACAUCAAUGGAUAGAGGUCGAAAGUUCCCCACCUCCGAUCAAUACCACCAGGCGAUUCAUUGGUGACUUUUCCACCUCCACCACAUUCUCGUUCCAGACUCACCUUACCACCUCCGCUUCACCACCGAUUCUCUUCCUGAGUCGACUUAAAAUCAGUCUAACAAACACCGGUCAGACACACCACGUACAACCUCCUGAAACCGGAGGUCGAACUCCAAUUGCGGUGGGGACACAUGACGGAAGCAGAGAUUACAGGUAG